AAUUUUAUGCUAAUGGAUUUAAAAGACCUGCUUCACCUUCAGUUCCAUCGGGUUUUCUUCAUCCUUUACUUUCUCCACUACCAUGCUUCCCCGCUUCCCCGUUUCCUUUCUCUUCCCGACUGUAGGCGUGUUGGGCUCUCCCGUGUAUGACAUGAUGUUUUAUCCCCCAAUGUACAUGCGGGAUCCCUUUGGAACGUUCAACCACACCCAUGACUUGGUCACCUCGACUGUCGUCCCAGUCUUCAAUGUCCAGCCUGUGAUGGCCGAGAUAGAAGCCCUCCAAAUAAAAUACCAGAACGCUCUUGAUUUUUUGACCGGCAAGAACCUCGUGGCGCUACCAGAUGCACUUUCAGAUCCCGGGCUCGAUGCGCUGUCAGACGCGGCGUUCACCGAUACGACAAGCGACCUAUCCGGUUUUGUGUUGUUCGGAUCAACCACAAUAUCGCAGCAGGCAAACAUGAGCUUUUCUGCGAUGGAUGCCGCUGCUCAGAGUGCGACUGAUCCCCUGACGGAUGAGAUACAGAGGGCCAUCCAUGUCCCGUUCUACGGCCCACUUGAAUUUGGGAAGAAGUCACAACAGCUUUCGGUGGCCUUUGACACAUGUUCUGCAGAUCUCUGGAUUCCUGUGGGCUGCGGCGAUUGCGUGACCCCGCAAUAUAACGCCGCUGCGAGUUCAACCUACAGGACUACAGGGAAUGUGUUCAAUGUGAAUUAUGGCUUCAGCUAUGCGGAAGGAACUCUUGCGUACGAUACGAUCGGCAUGGGCGGCUUAAAGGUCAACAGCCAAUAUUUUGGUGCUGUCACUGAUGUGUCGAGUAACUUCGAUUCCGACCGGAUCUCUGGGUGUCUCGGGCUCGGUUUCAGCUCCAUCGCGACGUCAGGGAAGCCAACGUUCUUCGAGAACCUAAUCAUGCAGGAAAAGAUCGAAGCACCAUUCUUCUCUGUGCAUUUAACGAGAGGAAAGGCAAGCGGGUCGAAGAUAACUCUGGGUGGUUACGACAUUUCCAAGGCGGUAGGACCUCUGACAUGGGUCUCAGUUAUUUCCAAGACCUACUGGACAGUGCAUUUCGACGGAGCUGUUGUCGAAGGGAACUACGUCUCUGGUAACGUCGAUGCGGUGAUUGACACAGGUUCUAGUUUUAUAUACGUUUCACAGACAUUGGCAAAUCUGAUCUACGCCAAUAUACUCGGGGCUGGCCCCGCAGCAAACUACAGCUCCGGCUUCUUCUCCUUCCCGUGCGACUCCAACCCCACGAUUUCAUUCUCGCUUGGUGGGCACGACUUCGGAAUCAGUAUCCAGGACUUUAAGCUCGGACAAGAUGGGUAUGGGUCAACAAACUGCAUUGGUGGGAUCAUUGGCCUGGACGAUGCAUUCAUGGAAGGAAUUGUCAUCAUCGGGCAUGCAUUUAUGAGAUCAUGGUACUCGGUAUUUGACUACUCGCACGGGGCGCGGGUGGGUUUCGCGCCUAGCAUCAAUAAUGCACAGUAAAAUAUUUUGUAUGAUUGAUACCUAUGGUUAUAUAACGUGUCUUUGGUUUAGAAGAGAUGAUAGUAAGUAUUAUUCCUUCGACAGAAAUCUGGAGUACACCAGCUUUCUGAGUGUUUGAAAGGGGAGCAUUGAUGCCAGUUUCCUGGGAAUGCACCACCCAUACAGGAUUGUGUGGUUUAUGAAUGUGUACA